UUUAUUGCCAUCUGGUUACACAGUAAUUUCAGCCUGAGGUUUACAACGAAUCAUAUGAUGGAAUAUCAACUCACCAGCGGUCGGGUAAUUGGGCAAACAAGAAAUAGUCUGUUAGUACAAUCAUAGGAUAAAGCAGUGAGUAGCAGCAAAGGAAAGGGAGUUAGAAAGGUAACCUUUGAAGGUAAGGAAAAAAUUCUGGAGAAUUUCUACUUUUUUAAAAAAAGGUUUAUAAAAAUAUAUCCUUAACUAAAUUUAAAGUAAGAAGAGCAGUUAAAAGGAAUAGGAGGAAAGGUGGACUUCUCAAGUUCUUUCCUAUGGACCUCUAACAUUAUGAUUAUCUGUUGGGAUACUUCCUAACCAGAUCUGUUCUUUUAGGGAAAAGGAAGAUUUUUUUUCCCUGCAGUUAUCCUUAAUUUUAUUAUGGUUGCCAUCCAUCACUCCUAAUAUUUUAGAAAGAAUAGCUUUAAAAAAAAAAAAACUAGAAUUGUCUCCAAAGAAAGACACUUCUAUUGGGACUAAGAUGAGAAAAUGAAUAUAUGAAAAUCCUUAAAACUUUUUAAACUGUAAAUUUUUAGUAUAGGUGAGGCUGAACACCUAUUUCAAUUCAGAAUAAAAUUAUUGCUCACAAAUUAAGAUUUCUAAAUUUUGUGGAGAAUUUCCAAGAGGGAAAUGGACAUUUUUCUUCUUAUUUGGUCUUUUGAAUGUAAGAAUAGAACUCAGGAAGGAGAGACAAUCAACUUCUACUUGCCUUUUCCUUACAUAAAAUGAACAACCAAAAGAAUAUGACAUAUACCAAGAAUAUUUUGUUUACUAUUGUGGAAUGAAGAUGAGCUGCUCCAAGGAAUGUGACAAGAAGGAGAAGCCUAUUUUGUCUUUUUCUAUAGAAGCAAUCUUAAAAACCCCACCUACUGAUGCUUCCCUCCACAAUACAGCGACCUGCAAUAGUCAAGCUGAAGUGGCUCAAAAGUUCAGUUCUGAGCCACUUUUGGACAGGUAUAAAGAUGACAAGAAAGUGAAGCGUAGAAUUAGGACCACAUUCACAGCAGAGCAGCUCAAGGAAUUGGAGAGAAUCUUCCAAGCUACACACUAUCCAGAUAUCAACAUCCGCAACCAGCUGGCAGCUAAAAUUAAUCUUCCAGAAACCAGAAUUCAGGUUUGGUUCCAAAAUCAACGAGCAAAGUGGAGGAAACAUGAACGAUUUAGCAAUUUUGCAGGUCUGCAGCAUCAGGCUGAAGCUGGUUUUAUUUCAGUCCCAAAGCCAAAAGACCUUUUCAUGAUGCCCAGCAACAGCCUUUUUGGUAUCACCCCUCCUUCAGGAUACUAUUACACACUGAUCCAAGAGCAUUCCAUGCGCGCCUAACUAUCAGACCUGCUAUCUUGGGCCCCAUUGCCAUGGACUCUUUAGCAUUUUCAAAAUCAUCUCUAAUUAUUGACUAUCUUCCUCCUUAUACUGUUCACCCUCUGUUCCUGAACCAGCAAUGGGGUGUGCCACUAUGACUUUCACCGAAUAGAGGAUGAAUUGAAGCAAUGUCUGGUUCUUCUAAACCAGGGGUGUCAAACUGGCAGCCCAUGGGCCAGAUGCAUCACACGCAGGCCACGCCCACCCCAGCUGCAUGAAAGGGAAAAAGUUGUGAUAUGUCACAUGAUGGCAAUGUGACCCAGCAAGUUUGAUACCCGUGUUCUAAACAGAUGCCUUCACUGAACCAGUAUUAUGUAGUAAGUAGUUGUGGGAAUCAGAAUAAUUCCCAUGGCUAUGAUAUUUACAGCUUUAUUAGAAUCUGGUUAGAAUCUCAGCUUAUCUUCAUUGAAAUGAUUGUAAAGAAGUAACAAGUGGUGCUCUUUAAAAGAAAUAUAAGUAGAAUAUUAAAACAACUGUAGACAAAAAUUAUCCUUAAAAUAUAGAGCUAAAAAGCUUCAUGUUGGCUUUGAACAAUGAAUAGAACUAGGUGUAAAUCAGUGGUCCUCAACUUUUUUCACUCCUGGUGUAAAUGAUAAGGCAAUUUUUCAUCAACAUUCAACAAGUCAGUGUUAAUUAUACUCUGCCUGAAACAAUAUACAUUCUCCGUUAACGAACUGUUGUAUUGCAUCCUCUAUGGAAGAGCUAAGACCUUAAGUGAUCAACAAUUGCAAAGUAGGAGUGAUCAGUUUUUAAUUGGCCGGUAGCAUAUUCUAUUCUUCUCUGCAGGGAAAGUUGUUGCAUUUUAAUUGAUCAGAUUGGCCUCUCUAAACUGUAUUAAGCCAUUCAUUCUGCAUCUUUUGACAUUAGCUGUAUUUUUGAUGAGGUAUACAAAAAUUAAGACUAGGGUUAGAAACACCAAAUAUAGCUUUUAAUUAUUUUUUUACCUUUGAAGAAUGGGAUUGGGUGUUUGCUUUAUUAUUUUUCAAGUCUGUAAUAAUGAAUUAUAGAUUAAUGUAUUAGAUGGCAUGUGUGGGAGACAGACAGAAUGAGAAACAGUGAAUUAUAUUGGAUGAAAUAUUGGUUUGGUCUCUUAAGGGAUUUCUUUAAAUGAUUAAAACAUUUAUGAGGGAAAA